AUGUGGACAGCAGAGGCGCUAAGAAAUGCAUUUUUGAGGUAUUUCGAGAAAGAGGGGCAUGUCCAUUGGAAGUCGUCGUCUGUCAGCCCAGAAGACCCCACGCUGCUGUUUACGAACAGCGGGAUGGUCCAGUUCAAAAAGAAGUUUUUAGACCUGGCGGAAGAGAACACGCAGUACGGCCUGCUCAAAAGAGCAUGCAACUACCAAAAAUGCAUACGGGCAGGGGGGAAGCACAACGACUUGGACGACGUGGGAAAGGACACAUACCACCACACGUUCUUUGAGAUGCUGGGAAACUGGAGCUUUGGCGACUACUUCAAAAAGGAGGCCAUCCACUUUGGGUGGGAGUUUCUCACGGAGGUCUUGAAGCUGGACAAGGAGAGAAUAUAUGUAAGCUACUUUGAGGGCGACCCUGCGCAGGGCCUCCCCGCGGACACGGAGGCGCAGGAGCUGUGGAGAAAGUAUCUGCCAGACUCGAGGAUUCUUGGGUUUGGCUCAAAGGAAAACUUCUGGGAAAUGGGCCCUGUGGGGCCGUGCGGGCCCUGCACUGAGAUCCACUAUGAUAGAGUGGGAGGGCGGGACGCGUCGGCAAUAGUAAACCAAGACGACCCGGACGUGCUGGAAAUAUGGAACAUUGUGUUUAUGCAAUACAACCGAGAGGAAAAAGGGCUCACAGUUCUUCCAAAAAAGCACAUUGACACGGGCAUGGGGAUGGAGCGUGUUCUAAGCAUUCUGCAGAACGAAAGAAGCAACUACAACACAGACCUGUUCAUGCCGCUGUUCAAGACGAUCGAAAGGAUCCUUGGCGUUCCAGAGUACACAGCAAGGCUUGACAGCAAGGCGGACAUUGCGUACAGGGUUGUGGCCGACCACUGCCGAACCAUAACAAUAGCGCUGAUGGACAACGUGAUGCCCAGCAACGACGGGCGGGGAUACACGAUCCGAAAAAUACUUAGAAGGGCGCUGGGGUUCCAGUACCUGCAUCUGAAGAAGGCUCCGGGCCUGCUUUCUGCGCUGGUCAAGCAGGUGUUUGAAGACAUGAGCAAGGUGUAUGCGCCAGAGCAGCCGCUGGAGACAAUUCUUCAGGUGGUGGGCGAGGAGGAGAGCCAGUUCACAAAAACGCUGACCCGAGGGCUGGGCAUUCUCACAGAGAUGCUGGAGACUGCUGCAAAAAGCACCAAAAGCCUCUCAGGCGAGUCUGCUUUCAUCCUUUACGACCGGUACGGGUUCCCCAUCGACCUGACAAUGGCGGUUGCCGAGCAGGAGGGGGUUUCUGUGGACAUUGCGGGGUUCAAGGCGGCACAGGCGGCGGCCAAGGCGCUCUCCCAAAACACGCAGAAAGGCGCCGAAGGCCUGCACUUGACCGUGCACGACCUGUCUCUGCUUGACAGCCACCUGGAGAAAGCGCCAACAGACGACAGCUACAAGUACAGCACAGCUGCAGUGGCUGCAACGCCUGUGGCAGUGAAACAGGCCGGGUCGCUGGUGAAAGUGUCUGACAUGUUCGGACUCGAGAUUCCAGAGGAGUUUGGGCUUGUUCUGAACAGGACGCCGUUUUACAGCGAGGCGGGCGGGCAGGAAGGAGACGCCGGGUCUGUUGUGUUUUUGCGGAGUGCGGAGGGCGCCCAGAGCAUGGCUGAAAGGGUGCAGAGCCUGAAGAUUCACAUGGGCGCUGGAGACUCGCAGGCGGAAGGGGUUUUCACAGUAAAGGACACGAAAAGGUACGGACGGUAUGUGCUGCACUUAGGAAGCCUGCAAGGCGUGCUCACGCACACAGCUGUUGCAAAGAUCGACGCAGAGCGGAGAGCGAGACUGACCCACGCACACACGGCCACGCACUUGCUUAACUACGCGCUAAGCCGGGCUCUUUCCAAGAACGCAGGUGAGGAGAUAAAGCAGUGCGGAAGCUUGGUCAGCGAGGACGCGCUGAGGUUUGACUUCCACUGGGGCAAGCCGCUGACAAAAGACGAGGUGCAGAGCAUAGAGGCGAUAAUGAAUGGAAUAGUGGACCGGGGCGAACGCGUGCAUGUAGAGCACAUGCCGUACGAAGCAGCUGUGGCAAUCGAGGGAGUUCGGCACAUGAAAGGCGAGGAGUACCCGGAAAACGUGCGCGUGGUGAAGGUAGAAGACUCAGCAAGCAAAGACGGAAAGCCUUCACACACUUCUGCAGAGCUGUGCGGAGGCGCACACGUGGAGAACACCAGCGAAAUUGGGCGCGUUCGGAUAAUGAGCGAGGCCAGCAUAGCUAGAGGCAUCAGAAGAAUCAGCGCGCUUUGUGGAAGCAAGGCGGCCCUGGCCGAGCAGCAGGCAAGAGACCUUCUUUCGGAGGAGGUGACGGCUAGCAGCAUGCACAGAAUCCGAGAGCGCCUGGACGCGUCCACUCUUCCGCUGGUCGAGACAUGCAGGCUUCGAGACCUUUUGGACGAGACGCAGAAGCAGCAGAUCAAAGAGCGAAAAAAACACUUUGACGGAGAGCUGGCCAGGCUGAAAAAGCGCCUUUCAGAGGAAAAGAGCGAGGGCGCCCCAGGCGUCCUUUUUGUGUGCUCUGGCCUGGAGGGAACAACAGCCCAGCAGGUCAACAAGCUUAUGGGCCCGUUUGUGCAGGCUCUUGAGAAGGAGAAGGCUGAGGGCCUUGUUGUGUGCGAGGCCGAGGGGUGCACAGUUCUGAACGGGUGGAUGAGCGACGGCGUGGAAAGAGUGCGAUCUCUUUUGCACGCGCAGCCACAUGCAAAGAUAGGGGGAAAGUCCCCCAGGGUGAUGGGCUCUGUGCCAGACAGCAUUGAUGGUGUUGCGUCUCUUUUGGAGAAAGAGCUUCGCCCGCUGCAGUAG